AUGCUUCCUGCUGCAUUUGCAGCGGCUGUGUAUCCCGAAAAUGCUGCAAAACUAUCUGCCACGAACAUUUUAAGUCGCGGAAUCAGCGCUCUUGGUGGAUUAAAUGCACUGGAGAGUCUUAGGGGAAUCUCAUAUCACUCCAAUUUGCUCAGAAGCCAAACGCUCGAGGAAAGUAAAUUCCCAGGCUCCCCCGAUACAGGUGUUAUAGUGCAGGGUUCGCAGACCUUGUCGUAUGACUUGUCGAGCAAUUCGUCUGAUGUUAUUCAGCGGAUUGAUAAGCUCUACACCAUCAGCGACUUCUUCAACUUUGCCAGGCCGUCUCUAGACCCAUUUGAUGUAUCUUUGGUUGUGAGAGGCGGCGCGAGCGGAUACGCUUGUUAUGUCAAGGGCAAUGAGCAUGUCUUUAAUCCUCCAGACAACGCAUUCGGCUAUACGGACGUUCGUGACGCAACGCGGCUUUCGCCAAACCUCAAUCUUACCGUACUCUUCGAUCCAGAGACGUACCUCCCCUUUGUGGUGCGAGCCUACGAGAAUCAUCGCAUCUUUGGUCCCUCAACAAACGAUUAUAUUCUGGCCAACUACAGCGUCAUCGAUGGUCUUAGAAUUCCCCAGACGGUUCAUACGCUGUAUAAUGAAGGAAAUUUGUUGUUUCACACAAUCCGCGAUGCGAUUACUAUUAACCCCCAAUUUGAAGCUGGCUAUUUCGACGGUCUCAGCAACGAUCAGAUCGGCCAGACUGGUUCUCAGCUCAAGCCGACACCGGCGGAGUCAUCGAGCGAAUAUGACCCGGCCGAGGUCUUUGAGAACAAUGAGAAUUUAGUUUGGUACGGCCCAUACCCAGGAUCGCUUGAGACGCUCAAUGUCAGCAGACCUGUCGCUGGAUUACCAAACUUUUAUAAUCUUGUAUUCGAAGGCAGCAUUUACGCUUGCACAGUCGGUAUAUUUGACGAUGCCAUCAUUGUAGCCGACGCUGCGCCUCAUCAGAGCAAACUCGUCAUCCAGUGGAUCAAGCAAACGUUUCAUCGAAGACCUACACAUUUGCUUAUUUCCCAUCACCACCAUGACCACAACUAUGGCGCUGCGGACUUUGUUGAAGCUGGCGCAGUUCUAGUUGUUCCAAAGGGAUACGAAUACUACUGGCAGAAUAUCCCCGGAGUGAAAUUCGCUCUCUCCGAGGAGAACAAGCCCUUCAUCCACAAAGACAAACAUAUGCAAGUACGAGCGAUAUGGCACCCUGGAUUCGUCCAUGCCAGUGACUGGAUGUACUUUAUGUGGACAACUGCUUGUCCUACAGCCAACUCCCCUGUUGUCGCCACUUUGGCAGAUGCAUGGUCUCCUGGCUUCAUUGGCUACGAGUUUGACAAUAAUCUGGCCAUCUCAUAUCUCAAUUUCGCUGCAGCAGAUCGGAUGCCGCAUGACUACUUAGUCGUGCCUAUUCACGGAAGUCCUCAUAAUAUUUCCGAGUUAUACACUCUUACGGGAUACGCCUAUCCAAAGUACAAGACGACUGAUUUUAGGUCUGGUGGCGCUUUGUGCUAA